AUUAACUUUACACAGCCACACAAAUUGCUGUUGCCAAGUCAUUUCCAUGCUGCAGUUUGGAACAUCACAGCCUAUUUUCAAAGCAAGCUGCUGAUGCUCCGCUCUGGAGCAUCCCAGCUGACCAGGGAUUAGGGAUGGGCAUUAGAACUCACAUUGAGCCUCAUGUGCUCUGUGAGCAUCCAGCACUCUAGCAUCGGGGUCCAAACCUGCAUCAGCACAAACAUGAAUAUUUCUGGGAUUCACAGCGGCACGCUCAGGAUGUACGGUGGAUUCAUUUUCAAACAGUGGAAAAAACUGUUUCUGCACCUGACAGCUGAGGGCAGACUUCUUCUGUGCCACGACGCGUUAUCUCUCCCUCACCAAAUGAUUCAUUUGCAAAGCAGUUGUGAGGCAAUUGUGCAGGGCAAGGACAUCCUGGACUUGCCUAAAUUACCCUCAGGAGCAUCCAGGGACUGCUGCUUCGCCCUGAUCCUUCCACAGAAUAAGUACCUGUUGCUGCUGGCUGAAACCCCUUCAGACUGCUGCCAGUGGCUGAAUGUUCUGAAAAAGGUGAAACAGACUCUGUCAUCACCUCUCAGUAUGUGUAAGAGGCAUCAGCAGCGACCGCCGGCCAUUGCUCUCCACGAUCUGGUGUCAGAGCAACUCCUGGAGAAAGAUCCACCCACCCCACCAGUCAGUGACACAGAGUCUUCCUCUCCAGGCCCCACAUCCAGUUCUCCUCAUAACAAAGGCAGGAACUUUCCCAGUGCGAAAAGCUGCCGGGGACGCACACAGUCUGUGGGGUGUCUGCGUCACGGCACCAGCAGUAACGCCCAGGCGAUGAGGGCAAUUUACCUGCUGAUGGGAGGAGCAGCUGCCUCCUCUGCCAUGGGUUACCUCGGAGCGUGCUCAUCCACUAAUCUGGAGGUGAAAGCUGACAUGCCUCUCAACGCAGAUUUCUCCGGUUCGGGGGCAGCGGGAGCAUACCACUUCGGAGGCCCUGUGAUGGAGUCUCCUCACUUCAACAGCUUUGACUUUGAAGUGGCGGACUCAGAUUUUGAUGCUUUUGAUUGUGGUGGAUUUACUUUUUAAUCACUCGUCUAGCUAUCACUCUUUAAAGCUUUGAACAACUUGAAUGUUUGUUCAUACAGAUCAUCAUGUUCUCAGCUUAAAAGCAUCAAAUGUAAACCUUGGACUUGAGGAGUAAAGUGACUAAUGAGAAUACAAGUAAGAGAAAUCUGCAAAUAUAAUAACUGAUGAGUUCUGCUUUUUUAUUCUCUAUUUCCUGAUGUUUGAUUGCAGCUUCAAAGAUAUUAACCCUGCAAACCAAUGAAUUUCAUUACUGUACACAAAAGCGUGGUUUAAUUCAUAAAACUAAUAAAGGACCUUAUCGGAAAAAAAAAAAAAAAAGAAUCAGUGUUGCACCAACUGACAUCAGAA